AUGCGCAUCAUCGUAUUCGAUGAGAUCGACGCCAUCUGUAAACACAGGGGCAGCGUGAGGGACGGCUCUGCCGUCCUUGACACGACGCCCAAUCAACUGCUCACCAGGGUGGAUGGUGUGGACUCCCUGAACAACACACUCCUGUUCGGGAUGGCCAAUCCAAAGGUCUUCCUGGGCGAGGCGCUGCUGAGGCCCUGGCGGUUGGAUGUGCACAUUGGAGCUGGGCUACGGUACCAGUCGGGCAGCGUGAGAUCCUGCGCAUCCACACCGCCAAGCUGUCCAUCAACGCGUUCCUGGACUGGAGCGUAG